AUGACAACCUCCGAGGGCCUGCCCUCACUCAUCGCCCCGGACAACAACUACCACAUGAGCCGGCACCUCUCGACAGGCGGCCACGACGCCGCCUACACCACCGCCCCCCUCGUAGCAGGGACGACGCCCGGGGGCAUGUCCGGGUACCAGAGCCAGCCGCGCUCCUUCUACCGAGUCCAGGGCCACAACCCGCUCUACCACCUGCAGCCUACCAACGAGUACCCGGAGGCGGCCAGGGCGGGCGCGUUCGACUCGGCCUUCCACCAGCAGCAGCAGCAGCCCGUCCCCUCCCCCGAGUCUUCGGGCUUCGCGGCGGCGCACCAGCACCCGGCCGCCGACGCGUACGGGUACGUGUACUCGCAGAACCAAGGGGCGACGGGGCUCGUAGCCAGUCCACCCACCACGACUUCUUCUUCCUUGGGAGGAGGCCGACGUCCAAGCAGCAGCAGCAACAGCAGCAAAUCCAAGCAAAAGCAAGCAGCGUCAUCAUCAUCGCGGUCCUCGCGCAAGCCGCGGGCCCAAACCGCCGGUUCCUCCCCCGAGGGCUCCUCCUCGCCCGUGCCAUUAUCCACCGGCAGCAACAAGUCAAAACUACGCAGCGCGUCGCGCACCUCGAAAAACACGCACCACAACCCGCCGGCGACGGCCGAGGAGCGCCGCAGCCGCGAGACGCACAACAACGUCGAGAAGCAGUACCGCAACCGGCUCAACAUGCACUUCGAGAGCCUGCUCAGCGCGCUGCCCGAGAGCAUGCAGUGCGGUGAGGAAGGCGGGGGCGUAGGGGGCGAGCUUGGUGGUGGUGGUGGUGGUGGUGGAGGCAGUGUAGCAGGGGGAGGUGAGGGCGCGGACCGCCGUGUCAGCAAGGCCGAGGUCCUGGAUAUGGCGCGUCGGCACAUCAAGGCGCUGGAGCGCGAGUGCGCGUUGCUCGAGGGCGAGCGGGACGAGUUGCGGGAUAACAACGAGAAACUGCGAUGGAUGUUCAGCCGGCGUGAAGGCGGCAGUGGCGGCUCCGCCGAGGGGUCGGGGUAUCUUGACUCGGGAUAUGUACCAUGA